CUACAUUUUUCCUCGUGCUGUGAUGCCGCCAUGAACUCGACCACAGAGACCGAGAUACUCAACAAGUACAACCUCACGACGCUCUACCCUGCAGCAUGGCCAGAAGAGAAGGACGCGGCCGACGAGGGGCAGCUCUCGGAAGAUGAGGCAUCCACAGCAACAGCGCAACCCGUGCGCCGGUCGCGGUCGCGAUACUCUGUGCUGGAAGACAGGUCGAGGUUCUCGCGGCAGGUCCCGGGCGCCGAACGAUCAAAGGAUGGCGUGGAGACGUUGGUGCAGAAGGACGAGCAGGAUCCGCUGGGCAUGUACCCGAGUGUCGUCCAGGUGUUGCGGGCGCGCAAUCUGUCGGUCGAGGACGACAUCAAACUGCGCAACCGCUUCCUCCUCAGCUCGACUACCUUCUCGCCCUCCCUCUUUCUCUCGCAAGUCCACAGCGAUGCAUCCACCGACACGCUCCUCCAGGGCCUCGACUUUCUCUCGCGGUCCAUCGAACAGAAGUCGGCCUCUCUCAAGGUCCUCGUCGAAACCAACUUCGAGCGCUUCGUAGGCGCAAAGGCAACCAUCGACCGCGUCUACAAUGAAAUGCGUGAGCAGGGCAAGGACUCGGAGCCACCGAGGCCAACACACACGAGGGGCGCCAGCCGCACCAGCUUCUCCGGCAGAAAGCCGAGCGUGUCCCUGCAGCCGGUGCCAAGCGAGAAGAAGAAGAAUGCGCUGGUCAAAGAAAGCGAGUAUGGCGUACACGGCAUUAAGGUGCCCCUUACAGAAGUCGCAGUCAAGGCAGAGGAAGUCUGGGGCCCUGCACUGGGAGGUCGCGAUAAGGAAGAGACGCUAAAGGCCAUACUCGAAUCUGUAGAGAGCAAUCGCGGGCUGUUCGAGGUGGGGUCGACAGUAGAGGAUGCCAUCCGCCGGAAGGACCAUGAGACAAUCAUCGAGGAGUACAAGCGGGCGAGAAAGUACACUGAGGACGCACGAUACAUUGUGGAGCAAGCGAAUUACUCCAAGAUGCCUCUCACCGACAGCCAAAUACACCAAAUUAUCGUUACAGCAAGGAUGUGGGCAGACGUUGAGCGCCAGAUCGAGCAAUUCAAGAGAGAUGCGUGGAAGAGGCUGGCAUCGGCACACUUCGCGAAGCACCAGACCGGAACUGACGAUAUCAAGUCUGACGAGUACAUAAGUCUCAUCUCCAUCAUGCUCGAGCUCGGCGUAGAGGAUAACCCUAUCUGGAUCUGGCUACUGUCCCGCUAUGAGUAUCUCAAGUCUCGCCUCAACAUCUUGUGCGAACGCUCCCGGGUCGAAAUUGAGAUUCUACGGCGCCACCUUGCGAAUGGCAAGAAGCCAACGUUACGAUCAGUGCAGAAGCACCUACGUGCGGUACCAAUCAGCACUAACGCCACUGCAGAGCCUUCCAAACUGGAUGCACCGAAGGUGAUCGAGUUCUGGGAGCAUGUGCAUGCCUCUAUGACGACACUGCUUUCAACCAAGGGCGGUCUGCUUGGUGAACUGAUCGAGUACUGGGACAUUGCCCAGUCGUUCAUGAGUGGGCGAGCUCAGCGAAAUAUGCCUACUGGCUACCAGAACCAGUCCUCAGUGCACCACAAGCUUACUGACCAGAACAAGAUCGAUCUUGAGAAAGGCACCACAGAGCUGAUCAACAUCGUCCGCGAGCAUCUGUACUCCUUCUUCUCGGAUCCGCCGAUCGAGGAUGUAUCAGCGCUCUUCUCACCAAUGCCCACCACACCGACACCGACCACUCCGAGAACACCACUCACAGCUGCCCUGAGUCCUACGGCAGGCUCGAGGUUCAAGUUCGACCCCAACAAUGUACCGCCGCCAUCACCCAGUCGUGGUGAGACGUGGGAGAAGUACGCGUUCUGGCCACCACACUCCAACGCUCUUUCAGGCUCUCACUACCUGUCGAAGUCUCUCAUUCUCAUCGGCACGGCUGCUAACGAGCUCGCUUCAUUCCGUCUUCCUGAGACCGGCUCCAGCUCACGUCUGGACGAAGCACUGCGUCUACUUGUUGGCGGCGUUCGCGAGCGCUGUAUAUCCGCCGUAUGCGCAGCGUGGAACGCCGAUGCAGAGAAGCUCAAGGUGCUCGAAGACUGGACGCGCAAUGCCGACCGCAAAGACACCACAAACCUACCUCAACGCUUCCUGGCAGUACAGUCCUUCCUACUCAAUCACCUGCAGAAGAUCAUGUACGUCGAAGCCUCGAGCAAAACAUCCGUCGACGUCGUCGUCCCACCCAGCAACAAGCUGCUGCAAAUGCUUAGAAGUCAGUUCGUGACUAGCUUGUACCGCACGUUGAGCGGCAUGGUCGAGUGCGCAGAGAUGGGUCGUAAAGCGUUGGGCGAGGACUUCCAAACCAAAGGCGACGAUCUGACCCUGGACGGUGAAGAAGACGUGGACGGCAAAUGGGGCAAAGUUGAUGCCAACAACAAGUCAACGCGCCUCCUCCUAACCCUCUCCAACAUGUCACACUUCCAAUCCGAAAUCACCCCGCACCUUUUGUCUCUUUUCGAAACCCUCUUCUCCGUCCAGCUCACCGACGAAACCAACCGCAUCCGGGACGUUCUCUCGCAGCUUGACACACAACUCUUCAAAUCCUACACCAAACCUCACGCCCUUCAGAUCGGCGCGUGGAUCGAGUCCGGUAUAUUCGCAACGUCCUGGGCCGCCGCUGCGCGGGAGAAAGGGAGGAGCGUGGCCGACUUGGAUCCCUCGCCAUACGUGUCGACAGUGUUGCUGCACCUGGUUACAAUCCACAGCCUCACGUCAACGACCUCACCAAACAGCCCCUUGACGCCUAGGAUCCUAAAAGCCCUCUUCGAAGCGACAACCACCAGCCUCAUCUCCACCUUCAGCUCGCCACGCCUCCCCACCAUCUCCCUCCCACAGUUGAUGCAAGCCACGCUCGACGUCGAAUUCAUCAGCCAGACGCUGGCGAGCUACACGACCGACGCUGCGAGCCAGACACAAACGGACAUCUACCAGAUACUUGAUCAGAAAACGGAUAACGGGGCGCGCGUAGCGUUGCAGGAUGAGUUGGGCGGUUUGAGGGUUGGAUUGAAGAGGUUGAGGGAGGGGACGAGGGGGCAGUUUAGCUGUUUCAGGAGGGUGAAGAGGGGGACUGUUGCAAGUCCUAACCCGCAGGGUGAUGAGGAGAGGGGAAGACGCUGAAAUGGGCGGAUAUGCAGUUGAGAGACCAUGUAUUGAAUUUUUCAUUGUACAUAUCUCGUGCCAUCGUGAGAGCUCCUUUGUAUACGUCACUGGGUAUCAACAAACAGGUACGUGUAAGUAUUAGUGCGCCGCGGAGGCGCUUCUCCUCGCGGGCGAAAGAAGGCUAGACGC